AUGUAAAUUACGGAUGUGCAAAAGAAAAUAAUGGCUAUUUUAGGAAUUGUUAUAUCAAUACUAGGAAUCUUAUAUCUUAUAGAUUGGUUGAUUAUAAUGCAAUUUGGAUGCCUAGGUCACUUUGUAAUUAAAAAUUUAUUCAUUUAAUUUUAGAUUUUUUUUGUGGGAUUGUAUGUUUUCAUAAAAAAUACUAUCAGAUUAUUUGUAUUUCCCGGGUCAUAUUGGUUAUGGAGAAGAAAUGUAGAGAAUAGAUAUGCAAAAGCUUUAGCUAAAAGGGCAAAUAAAAGAAUGGAAGGUUUAUAAAAUUUGAUUAGAAAAUUAUUAAUGAUACCUGAGUAAUGUAUUUUAGGUAAAUUAGAACCAAAGAAGUAAAUGCAGAAGAUUUAUUACCAUUUAAAAAAACCUUGUAGUCAUUUUUAAAUAUUUUUUCUUCAUUAAACUAUAGAAAAGAAUUAAAUGAGCAAUAAAAACAUCUAUUUGGUUUAUUUCAGUUAAUAGAAUAGAAUCUGAAGGAUAUUUAAAUAGAAUCUAAUUCUUUAUAUGGUCAUUUAGAUAAUCCUUAGGAAAUCAUUAAUAAUUGUAAACAAAAUAUUAAAGUGGACACAGAACAAUGUUCAAAUUUACUAAUAAUUUUGGAUAACUUAAUUGAUUAAUUAUAAGAAAUUUAUAUGCCUAAAAACAUUUUUUUAGAAGCAGAAAGAUGGAUCUUUAAUAGAACUCUUGGGACAGUUGAUUAAAUGAGAGUUGAAUUAGAAAAUACUUUUAAAACAAAAAGAUUUAAGGUAUAAGGUUAUGAUGGAAAAUUAAUUGAUUGGUAAUAAAAAUUUAGAUAUUUAAAGUUUUUAUAUAUUUGCAAAUGAAGAUGACCCUGAGAAUAAUGAUCGUACAGUAAUAUUUUGUUAACCAAAUGCUGGAUAUUAUGAAUAUAUGUAUUAUGAAUCAGAAUGGAUUGAUUAUUAUUUAAAACGUGGAAUAAAUAUGUUUUUAUGGAAUUAUAGAGGAUAUUGUGAAAGUUAAGGAUUACCAAAUACAAAAGACAUUAUGAAAGAUGCAGAAGUAAUAUGUGAUUAUGUUACAUCAUAAUUGAAAGUAAACUAACUGAUAUUUCAUGGUGAAUCUCUAGGAGGAAUGGUUGCAUGUCAUUUGGGUAGAGUUAGAUAAUGCAAUUUAUUAUUUGCAGAUAGAACAUUUUCAAGUAUUAGUAAGAUUGCAUAAGUGGGAUUUUCUAAAUAUGCUAGUUUCUUAUUUAAAUUAUUAACCUCAUGGGAUUAUAAUUCUGCUAAAUCUUAUGUUGAAUGUUAAAGUUAUAAGAUUUUAGCUGUAGAUUAAAAAGAUGAAGUUAUACCAUUUCUGUCAUCAUUAAAAGUUGAUGUUACUAAAGAAAUAUUUAUAAAAGAGUUUGGAGGCUCAAUUUAAAAUGAUGAAAAUGUAUUUAAUUAACAUUAUUAUUAGUUUAAACAAAGUGAUUAAAAGUAUACAUUUUGCUAAAGAAUUUUAAAAUUUAUACCAUGGAUCCCAAAAUCAGAGAGUACUACUUUCUUUGAUAUUUGGUAUUCUUAGUUAUUAAACAAAUAAGAAAUGCUUACAUUUUUUGAAGCAAAUAAAAGGUAAGUUAAAUAUCAUAUUUAUACAAUAGAAUUCAAUAUAUUAUGAAAGACUUAUAAACUGAAAGAAAUAAAAAAACAUUAGAUGAUUCCUACUCUACUUAUAUAAAUGAAUCUCAAGAAAUAGAAAAACAAUUUUCAUAGAAUUAAAAUUCUACUCUUGAUAUUGAUGAGGUAUGAAUCACUUUAAAUACUAUAAUUAAGGGUAUGUCAUAAUUAAAGGGACCAUAUACACUAUCUGAAAAAGAUAAAUUAAAUGAAAAUCUACUCAAAUUUGUGAAUAAAGUUUAUGAAUGUUUUGAAUCAUUUGAAACGGCUUCUAUGACUUUGAAUGAUGUAUUUUCAUCUUUCAAUGAAUCAUAAUAAUAUGAGAUCUUCCUUGAUUAUUUACUUAGUAUAUUUUUCUGGGGAUCUUAUCUUCCUCUUAAAAAUAUUUCAAAAAAAAAAAUGAACACUGUUGUUUGUCAAAAAUUAGCAUUUGCAAGAUUUACAUCUAAUAUCAACAAAAUAGAAACUUUAAUUAAAAAUGAAAAAAAUAAUUUAGAUUCUCCUAAUGGAACUAGAGUAUUUAUAAAUUAAUAUUCUAGUUAAUCUAAGAUUUGGAAAUAAUUAUUUAAAGACUUAAGUUGAUAAGAGAAAACUUUAAAAAAACUAUGAGAAAUUAGCAUCAACAUCCAUCACACUAAUCAAUUUAAAUUGAUGUAAAAGAAUCUGAAGAAAGAAAACCAAGUAAUUUUUAUAAUUAAAAAAGCUUCUAAAAUUAACGAAUCAUUAAAAAUUUAAUUAGGAUCCUUUAUUCCUUUAGGUUGUGGUCAUAAUGGCAAUUUAAAUCAAACAGAAGUAGAAGUCUUAGACUUUCAUAUGUCUUAAGCUGGAAUUGUUAAAUAUUGA